UUAAACCUCCGAAACUGCUCCGACUCCCUCAAACGUGUCUUUUGGAACCGAUCGCAGAGAGGGCCAGGGAGGAUCGGAUCGGAUCGGAUCGUCACCGGAUUACCGAAGAUUACCACAGGAGCAGAUCCUGCAGCGACCGACGGACACAGCUCCUCAAGGGUCAGCAGGUGCAUUUUUCAUUUUCCUCACUAUGGCUGAGACUAAGGGGAAGUUUGACUUCGCCAUAGACAGAGGUGGCACCUUCACUGAUGUGUUUGCACGUCUGCCUGAUGGCCGUGAGAGAGUCCUUAAACUGCUGUCCAGAGACCCACAGAACUACAAAGACGCUCCUACCGAGGGCAUCCGCCGGGUCUUGGAGGAGGAAUCAGGGCAGCUCUUCCCUCGUGACCAGCCUGUUGACACCGCCCUGAUUGGCUGGAUCCGAAUGGGGACUACUGUGGCAACCAAUGCCCUGCUGGAGAGGGAAGGAGAACGGAUCGCACUGCUGGUCACAAAAGGCUUCAAGGACCUGCUGCACAUUGGCACACAGGCCAGGCCCAAACUUUUUGAUUUGGAGGUCGCCGUCCCUGAUGUGCUUUAUGAGGAGGUCAUAGAGGUCGAUGAGCGAGUCGUCCUCUGUCGAGACGACUGCCAGCUGCCCAGGAAAGAUCCCAAACGUAUUGUAACAGGCAGUACAGGUGAUUCUCUGGAGGUGUGGCAGGAACUGGAUCUGGAAAAAGUGGAAAAGGACCUGAGAGGAGUUCUGUCCCGCGGUAUCUCCAGCGUCGCCGUCCUCCUCCUCCACUCGUACACCUGGUCCGAUCAUGAGAAGGCGGUGGGCUCCCUCGCCCGUCGCCUGGGUUUCACUCAGGUGUCUCUCUCCAGCGAGGUCAUGCCAAUGGUGCGGGCGGUCCCUCGGGGCUACACGGUCUGCGCAGACACCUAUCUCACACCCAAAAUUCACCAGUAUUUAAAAGGAUUCACUGCCGGCUUCAAAGGUGGCCUGAAGGAUGUAGAUGUGUUGUUCAUGCAGUCAGAUGGAGGUCUGACCCCCAUGGAGCAGUUCUGCGGCUCAAGAGCCAUUCUCUCUGGCCCAGCAGGGGGCGUGGUGGGAUACGCCGUCACCUCCUACAGCCAAAUGGAGAAGAAGCCCGUGAUUGGCUUUGAUAUGGGCGGAACCUCCACCGAUGUGAGCCGUUAUGCUGGCCAGUACGAACAUGUGUUUGAGGCCACGACGGCUGGAGUCACCCUGCAAGCACCUCAGCUGGACAUCAACACCGUGGCUGCGGGCGGGGGGUCCCGACUCUUUUUCAGAUCAGGGAUGUUUGUCGUAGGACCAGAAUCUGCAGGUGCACAUCCAGGACCGGCCUGUUACAGGAAAGGCGGCCCUCUGACUGUGACCGAUGCCAACUUAGCUCUGGGUCGCAUUCUUCCUCGCUUCUUUCCAAAAAUCUUCGGCCCCGCUGAGAACGAACCAUUGUCGUUGGAAGACACCAUGACACAUUUCCGUCGUCUCACUGAGGAGAUCAACAGCUUCCUGUCUGCAAGUCAAACCCAGGCCAAUGGGGCCACAAACUCCCAGAACAAAAUGGUGGCAGGCAACCAAUCAACGAUGAGCAUGGAAGACGUCGCGAUGGGAUUCAUUCGUGUUGCUAACGAGGCGAUGUGUCGACCAAUUAGGGCUUUGACGCAAGCCAAAGGUCAUGACACGUCUCAGCAUGUGCUGGCGUGUUUCGGCGGUGCAGGAGGCCAGCAUGCCUGCUCUAUAGCCCGAGCUCUGGGAAUGAAGACCGUCUUCAUCCAUAAGUACAGCGGCGUCCUGUCAGCAUACGGCCUUGCCCUGGCAGACGUUGUGGAAGAGGUGCAGGAGCCGUGCUCCCUUAAAUACGAGCAGCGGUGUUUCAGCGAGCUGGACCGCAGGAUGGAGCAACUCUGCAGACGCUGCCGCAACACGCUGUCCGCGCGCGGCUUCUCGAGUGGUCAGAUAUCUACUGAGGUUUUCCUCCACCUGCGUUACGAAGGCACCGACUGCGCCCUCAUGGUUACGGCUGACGGUUACCCCGGAAACGCCCGCUCCUGUCGAGCCGGAGACUUCGGCAGCGCCUUCGCCAAACGUUAUUUGAAGGAGUUUGGGUUCACCAUUCCAGACAGAGCCAUCAUGGUGGACGACAUCAGAGUGAGAGGCUGUGGAAAAUCUGGGAUUAACUCCAUGCAUAAAUCAAAGAAGGGACACAAACAAGCCAAACCUGUCAUGAUGACCAAGUGUUUCUUUGAAGAUGGGUACAUGGACACCAGUGUGUUUCUGUGGGAGGAACUCCCAUGUGGCAAAAGCAUCCAAGGACCGGCCAUCAUCAUCGACAAAAACAGCACCAUCCUGGUGGAGCCGUCCUGCGAGGCCUGCCUGACGGAGGACGGCGACGUCUGCCUGGCUGUCGGCUCAGACUCUCAGUGCGCCAUCGGCACUGAGCUCAACACCGUGCAGCUCUCCAUCUUCUCCCACCGCUUCAUGAGCAUAGCGGAGCAGAUGGGCAGAGUCCUCCAGAGGACCUCCAUCUCCACGAACAUCAAGGAGCGUCUGGACUUCUCCUGCGCCGUGUUCGGGCCCGACGGAGGCCUGGUGUCGAAUGCGCCUCACAUCCCUGUCCACCUGGGGGCCAUGCAGGAGACCGUCCAGUACCAGAUCAGAUCACUGGGAAACGAGCUGAGAGAAGGAGACGUGAUUCUGAGUAACCACCCAUGCGCCGGCGGCAGCCACCUCCCGGACUUGACCGUCAUCACACCGGUGUUUCGAAAAGGAGUCAACAGGCCUGUGUUCUUUGUGGCCAGCAGGGGGCAUCAUGCUGACAUCGGAGGCAUCACUCCGGGCUCUAUGCCCCCCCACUCCACUUCCCUUCAGCAGGAGGGGGCAGUCUUUGUUUCAUUUAAGCUCGUCACUGGGGGAGUCUUCCAGGAAGAAGCCGUCACCAAAGCUCUGAUGGCUCCGGCUCAGCACCCCGGCUGCUCUGGGACUCGUAAUCUCCACGACAACCUGUCAGACCUGCGGGCUCAGGUGGCAGCCAACCAGAGGGGCAGCCAGUUAGUGGGGGAGCUGAUCGACUGCUACGGGUUAGACGUGGUCCAGGCCUACAUGGGAUACAUCCAGAGUAACGCUGAGCUGGCUGUUAGGGACAUGCUCAGAGAGUUCGCACAGCGCCGGCGCCGUCAGACCAGCGGCUCCUUGGAUGUGGAAUCAGAAGAUUUUAUGGACGACGGGACACCGAUCAGACUCCGGGUUCAGAUUAAUGAAGAAGAGGGCAGUGCCGUGUUUGACUUCACAGGAACUGGAACCGAGGUGUGGGGGAACUGCAACGCUCCGCGGGCCAUCACCCUGUCAGCGCUCAUCUACUGCCUGCGCUGCAUGGUCGGCCAGGACAUCCCUCUCAAUCAGGGUUGCCUGAAGCCGAUCAAAGUGAUCGUCCCCCCCGGCUCCAUCCUCCAGCCGUCCCAGAAUGCAGCUGUGGUCGGAGGAAACGUGCUCACGUCUCAGAGAGUGGUGGAUGUCAUAUUUAAGGCGUUUGAGGUGUGCGCCGCCUCCCAGGGCUGCAUGAACAACAUUUCCUUCGGCAGCGAGCGAGUCGGCUAUUACGAGACGGUCGCUGGGGGCGCGGGGGCGGGGCCCGGCUGGCACGGCCGGAGCGGCGUCCACUCUCACAUGACCAACACCCGCAUCACCGAUCCAGAGAUUUUGGAGAAAAGGUAUCCAGUGAUUUUAGAGCAUUUCUCUCUGCGACCCGGCUCAGGAGGGGCGGGGAAGUGCCGGGGAGGCGACGGCGUCGUCCGCAAACUUCUGUUCAGGAACAAGGUGGUCCUGUCCGUCCUGACGGAGAGACGGGCCAUCCGCCCCUACGGCCUUGAAGGGGGCGAGGAUGGAGCCACAGGGCUCAACCUGCUGCACAGAGCUGACGGUCGAAUCCUCAACCUGGGAGCAAAGACCAGUGUCAGCCUUGAGCCAGGAGACAUGUUCUGCCUUUACACCCCUGGAGGAGGGGGGUUUGGCAGCGAGGGAGACCUGAAGAGCGGCGGACCUCAGCGCAAGCGAAGGCGUCUGAAUGAGGUGUUCACUGAGAGGGGCAGUGUGUUUGAAUACAGAAUGGCUCAAGAGGGAGUGUAAAGAGAAAUGAUGAAGAACUGCAAGGCCAGAGAAGAGAAAAUCGUGGGAAACAAGAGUCAGACUCUUCAUCAGAUGGAAUUACCAAAAGAUACAAAAAGAAAGUUAACAAAGGUAAAACUGUGACAGGCAUGCUUUCUAGCAUUAUAGUGUGAAAAAAAAAAGGCACAUACUAAAGGUUU